AUGGAGCCUGCCGAGGCACGACUAAUGGUACCAUGUUUUGAUGAACCUGCAUUUAAAGCUCCAUGGAAUGUUACAGUCAUUCAUCCUAAGGGAACAACAGCAAUCUCAAAUAACCUUGAAUUGAAAACAGAGAAAAACGGCGAUUGGGUGACGACCACAUUUCAUCAAACUCCUAAAAUGUCAUCUUACUUACUUGCCCUUAUGGUCUCUGAGUUCACUUAUGCCGAAAAAUAUACCGAAUCUGGAGUGCGAUUCUUUUUCACCCUUUAUGUCAGCUUUUCAGACAUGGUGGCGCUUCCUGAUUUUACUUCAGGUGCUAUGGAGAAUUGGGGUAUGAUUACUUACAGAGAAAACAAUCUUCUUUACGACGACAAGCUAUACGGUCCAGAAAGCAAACGUAGAAUUGCUCAAGUUGUGGCACAUGAACUCGGACAUAUGCACUACAUCAAAAAAUUCGCAUAUGAUAACGCUGAAGCUGCCGAUCUUUGGACAGCUUUUGAUGAAGUUGUUGGAGGAGUGAAAAGUCUCGAUAACAUGAAAGUGCUCGAUUAUGCUGAUGAGUGGACCUCACAGAUGGCGUUCCCCCUUGUGACUGUAGAAAGGUCCGAUUCUAACCGAGUGAAACUCACGCAAAACCGUUAUCUGAAAACUCCUAAAACCCCAGACCCGAAAAGAUAUAGGAAUCCAAAAUAUGGAUUCAAAUGGGAUAUCCCAAUAUGGUACCAAGCAGGCAAUGGAGAGGAGAAGUUUGCAUGGCUAAGAAGAAGCCGUUGGCUUGAUACAUAUUCUAAAAUUUUGGGAGCAAAACGUCUUUGGACCCCCUUUCGGGAUGCGUCUUGA